CUCAGCUUUCACAUAAAUAAUGUCGCUCCGUACUAGAAUACACUCGCGUCACCAUCAAUGUGGCAUUUGUUUAUGUUGUUGCUACAGUAUGGAAAAGCGCGCUAACCGAUCGCAAGAUCCUAAGCCCAUGCAAACUAUUUUUUAUAUUUUGGAGACGAGAACAAACCUCUUGCCUUCCUUCCUGUGUUAUUACUCAUGGACGUGCAGUUCAGAGGAUGACAUCCUUUUUUUUCCUCCACAUUUUGCAAAUAAAUCCCGGCUGUGUGUGAAGUGACACCUUUCCUCAUUGUGGUGCUUUGCCGAUUGAAUUGUUAUGUUCUUUGUUCUGUAAUACCAGGGGAAAAACAUCCUUCAUGCACCGAGCGCUAUAAUACCUUCUAUCAGUAAAAUGAGUGAUUUAUUUGGAGACUAAAAGUCUGUAUUUGUUGUGGUGGAUGUUUUGGAGACUCAAAAUCCAAGCCAAUUAGAUUUGUGUAAAUGCGGAUCACUUCUGUGUGCUAUUGAAUUCCAACCUAUAAAAGGCCCGAGCUGAUCGCAGUCACAGGCUUUUGUUUACGGAGUGUUUGAUUGUAAACAAACUGGGCGUGUGCAAACAGCUGUUUGUUGAGUUUUCUCACACCUCGCAUCAAAUGCAGUGCUUUUGGCAAUGUGUGUGCAAUCAUCUCUCAAUUUUUCACAUAUUGAGCUUACACCCAUGUCGCGGUGGGAAAUCGACACGAUUUGACACCACACUGUUCUCUGAUUGAAGUGUAAUCGGAGCUCUGCACCAAAUGCAUUGUGGGUGUUCUCAGACAUGAUCCUAUCUUCCGUUACUUUAAUCGGGUCCACGGCAAAUUGACAAAUAAUACCAGGAUAUCACAUUGCUUCUAUCAUAGCUCUCUGUCCUCACACACACACGGCAGCACUAAUCGAUUGAGGCCACUUGCUGGUUCAUGUGGCCCCUGGUAGGAUUUUGUGUGUGUGUGUGUGUGUGUGUGUGUGUGUGUGUGCCAGUUUUACCUGUCAUGUGGGGACAUAUUGCCAUUGUGGGGGGGACCCGCAUUCCGUUUGAAGACAAAAUGCACGUCCCCAUAAUGUAAAUCAUUACAUUUUAGGGUGAAGACUUGGUUAAAGGUUGAGAUAAGGUUAGGUUUGGGUUAAGGGUAAGGCAUGGGCGUGAGUGAGAGUAAGUGUGUGAGAGUUAGUGUCCACACCAAGAUGUGUGUCGGGUUAGGUCCAUCACUUUCUCUCAGACACCCACUUCUUUAAUAUUCUCCUCCUUCCCUGGCCUCCACUGACACACACUGUGAAACAGAGAGAGAGAAAAGAGACAAGCAGAGAGAAAAAUGAGAGCGACAUCUCAAAGGCUUUGUGUGUGCACCACAGAGGAUAAUAAGUGCAACUAAAAGGAAAAAGUAGAAAAUAUAAUGGUGGGAAGGUGAGAAGGAAGUAAAAAGAAAGGGAGACAUAUAGAGAAAUGAAGGAACUUCUUGUCUGGCAGCUUAAUUAUCUUUCACUCAGUGCUUUCAUGUGGUUACCACGUGUGUGUUUUUGUGUCAACACCUCUCUGAAGGAAUGCUCAUACACAAAGGUGAUCAAUUCUUCACUACGAGGCGAUUGUUUCAGCGAUCCGCUCCACAGUGAGACAAUGGCCGCCGGGGCACGGUAAUGAAAAUGACAAGGGAGUACGUGUGUUCGUGCAUGUAAAAAAGCAAAAGUGUGAUUUUAAUCGGCCGCAUACUACUUUGUAUUCCGCUGAUGAAUGAUAUCGUCUCUACCUACCGGGUGUAUGAUACCAAGACUACACUGUGCUAAUGUAGGGGUAUCUGCAUGAUUUUUACCAAUGUAUGAUUGAUUUCAAACAAUCAAAUACAAUGCGAUUUAAGUCCUGUGGUGCAUAUCUUUUUAAAAUCUGAUAAAAUGUAUUAACUUUCCCAUUAUCUUCAGCGGUCAUGGCUGUCUCUUUAUCGUGGUAAUACAUAUCGGUUACUCACUCUCUCCUUUCUCUCUCUUUCUUUCCUUUUCCUCUCAGACCUCGUCUCCAGGCCCAGAGGAAGUUUGCCCAGUCGCAGCCCAACUCGCCCAGCACCACUCCCGUCAAGGUGGCCGACCCAGGCAUCCCGAACACCGCGCUGGCCACUGUGCCCUCAACGUCUCUGUCAUCGCUCUCCUCAUCAUCCCUUUCCUUGUCCGUUCAGGACCUGUCCAGACGCAAGCCCAAGACGGAGGACUUCCUCACCUUCCUUUGCCUCAGAGGUUCAUCAGCCCUGCCCAGCAACAUGGCCUACUUCGGAAGCUCCCAGGAGGAGGAGGACCUGGAGGACGAUGAGGAAGAGGAGGAGGAGGAGGUGGUGAGGAACGGAGGUGGGAUCCACUCUCAAGGUGGGGGAACCAACAGCCAAGUGUCGGCCUCCUCCUCCUGCCACUCAACACCCCGCAAGGGCAAGUUCCCCACCAGGCAGCCCCUCAACGGGCACGUUUUCAACAGCCACGGUAAAGCAGGGACCAGGGAGAGUCCGAGGCCCAAGGCGGGAACUCAUGUCAGGGACGCGCCAGCCCCCCCGCUGCCACCUCCGCCGCCUCCACCUCCGCCCCUACUGAGGGAGCGCAGUGAGCGGGCGGAGGCACGGGAGCACACGAGGCAGCAGGCCCUGGCCAGCAGCAGAGGCUCAGCCAACGGGCUGCCACCGAGGAGAGCUGCUGAGGAGCUACGCAAACAGGUCUCUAAAGUGAACGGGCUGACGCGGGCGGGCUCGGCACAAGCUGUCGGUGGUACCAAGAAGAGCCGCGACUUCCGACUGCCGUCCAAAACUGUGAAGAAGUACACAGCCACCGUGUCCAAGGGCCACGUCACCUACACCAAAGCCAAACAGAGAGAACUGGGCAAGAAAACCAAACUCAGCAGCAGCAACAAACACAACAGCGCCGCCUCGGCACCAUCGUCGGCGAACAAUCACAAUCAGCAUAGCCAGCCAGCAGCCAGCAAUGGGCUGGCUAACUCAGGAAAAGCAGCGGCACCAGCCCACCACAGCAAUGCAAAAACCCGCAAACAGGUGCUACUAUCCAAUGGGCUUAACAAUGUGGCUGCCGUCGCCCGCCUCAACGGCAGGCUAAAUGGGCAGCGGUACAACACCCUGGCCAAGGAGGACGGGCAGAGACAGUGCCAGCAAGGGGAGUGCCCGGGUCGAGAGGGACUGCGUAACUCCAAGCGGCGUCUGGAGGUGGUCCUCAGCUCUGUGGGGACAGGGGUUGUUGAGCAAAAAGCCAAAACCACUGGCAUUGAGGCCAAGAAGGCCAAGCUUCAACCCGCACCUCUGGAGACGCGCAGCAAGAAGGCGGCCAAUCAAGAGAAAGCUGCCACACAAACCACCACCCCAACCACUCCAGUUUCCAACGGACACGAAUCAGACACACCCCCUUCUCCCAAACAAACUCCACCUGUUACCCCAUCUCCACCUCCUACUCCUCCUCCUCAACAAACCCCGCCUCCUAAUACACCAGUAGCCAAUGCGGAGCCGGUGAACCAGCGACCCAAGCGGGCGUCAGCCGGCAAGCUGAUGUUGAUUCGACAAGCACAGCAGCAGCAGAGCAGGUCUCACGGUCGGAACUCCUCCUUUUCCUCACCCUCAUCAGGCCCGAAUCACCCACAGAACCCCAGUCGUGCCAAUACUACCUCAGACCCCCAACAGACCUCUGUGUGUUCCUCCAACACCUCCUCUCUGCUGACAUCCACCAGCAACCCCGGGCAGCUCAAACCAGCAGCGUUUCGGCUGGCUGACCGAGACAAGGAGUGGGAGCGCGAGAAAGAGACGGCACGCCAGAAGGAACGUGCGCAAGAGAAGGAGUGGGAGCGCCAGCGGAGCAGGCCAGAUGGGUGGCCGGCUCUGGGUGAAGCCCCCGUCUUCCGGCCGGUGCCACGGGAGUUCCAGGACCCCCUGGUGUACUUGGAUGCGGUGAGGGAGCAGGCCGAGGUGGCUGGAAUGUGUCGCGUGGGCCCACCACCAGAUUGGAGGCCGGAGUGCAAGCUGAGCGAGGAGAUGCGUUUUGUUACACAGGUGCAGAGGGUCCACAUGCUGGGCCGGCGCUGGGGCCCCAACGUGCAGCGGCUAGCCUGCAUUCGCAAGCACCUCAAAUCUCAGGGUAUUACCAUGGAUGAGCCACCUGUCAUUGGUGGCUGUGAAGUGGACCUGUCACGUUUUUUCCAGCUCAUCAACGACAUGGGCGGCAUGCAGCAGGUGAUGGACCUGAAGAAGUGGACCAAGCUAGCCGACCUCCUGCGCAUCCCUAAGUCUGCGCAGGACCGGCUGGCCAAGCUGCAGGAGGCGUAUCUCCAGUACAUCCUCUCCUAUGACUCGCUCAGCGCUGAGGAGCGCCUGAGACUGCAGGCCGAAGUGCUGCAGGAGAAAAAGAAUCUGGAGUCGCGCCGGGGCCCUCUGGAGGGUCUCUCGGACUCCUCGGCGCCUAGCGCAUUGGUGCUGCCACGCUACGAGCCCAAGAACGGGCUGGUAGGUGGAAUAGUGGGAGGGGCGACGGGGAACCACCGCGCCAAUGGAGUGUAUCAUCGUCUGAAGAAGCUAGAGGCUCAGGUCAAAGCGGGCCGGCGCCGGCUCUUCGCUCAGGAAAAACAAGGCAAAGAGGACAGGCAGCAUGGAGAGGAGCAGCCGCAGCAGCAGCAGCAGCAACAGCAGGAGGAGGACAGGGGCGUCCUCAGUGACCAGCACAAAUGUAUUAACAAGGGGAAAUCGGUGUCUUUGACUAACUUCUUCAGGAUAGCCCGGAACACCAUGACCAUGUGCUUUAACAAGGAGCCAGGGGCUGCUGAUGUUGAGGAAGAGUACUGGAGGAUUGUGGAGCAGAGAGACAGCCAUGUGGCAGUGCAUUGUGGGAAGGUGGACACUAGCACACAUGGGAGUGGAUUCCCCACAGGAAAGUCAGAGCCAUUUUCAAAACAUGGAUGGAACCUCACUGUCCUUCCCAAUAACUCUGGAUCCAUUCUGAGGCAUCUGGGUGCUGUGCCUGGGGUGACCAUUCCCUGGCUUAACAUUGGCAUGGUCUUUUCUACCUCAUGCUGGUCUCGAGACCAAAAUCGCCUUCCAUUUAUUGAUUACUUACACACUGGUGCUGAUUGCAUUUGGUAUUCUGUCCCUGCUGAGGAGAAGGCUAAGCUGGACAAGGUGGUCCAUACACUGCUUCAGGCCAAUGGCACCCCAGGACUAGAAAUGUUGGAGAAGAACAUCAUGAUCUCUCCAGAGGUGCUGUGCCGCGAAGGCAUCAAGGUUUAUCGUACGGUCCAGCGGAGCGGCCAGUUUGUGGUCUGCUACCCCGGUGCCUUCGUCUCUAAAGUGUGCUGUGGCUACAGCGUGUCAGAGACGGUGCACUUUGCCACGCCGCACUGGAUGAACCUGGGUUACCAGGCCGCAAAGGACCUGAAAUGCCGUCGUAUAGCCAAACCCUUUUCCAUGGAGAAGCUACUGUACCAGAUCGCUGCAGCCGAAUCCAAGAGGGACAAUGGCCUUCUCCUCACCACCAUCUCCGCUCUACUCAAAGACCUCAGGAACAUAGAGAUGCGCCAACGACAGGAACUGUACAAGGCAGGUUUGCUCUCCUCUGCCCGCUACGGCACCCAUGACGGCAGCCUGGGCCCCGGGGAGGGACGCAAGAAGCCCCGUGGGAAAUGGCUGGCACUUGAGUCCUCAGAGAGACGCUGUCAGAUCUGUCAGCAUCUCUGCUACCUGUCCAUGGUGGUUCAGGAGACCGACAACGUGGUCUUCUGUCUGGAGUGUGCCCUGCGUUAUGUGGAGAAGCACAAGUCCUGCAGAGGCCUUAAGAUGAUGUACCGAUACGAUGAGGAGCAAAUCAACAGUUUGGUGAACCAGGUGUGUGGCCGGGCCAUGUUGAAGAACGGAGGAGGUGGCGGUGGAGUUGUUGUCACUGCAGUAGCGGGGGACCCUUGCCAUGGCCUAAGCCCUGCCAAAGCAUCGCCAGCCAAGCGAGGACCCCGAAAGCGCGCCACCGUGGAGGUGUCCCUGGCACGCCUGUCCUCCAGCCACAUACCCAAGGCUGCUGCUGCUGUGUCCUGAGGAGGACGCCACGACAUUACCAUCCGGGGUGUGCUCUCUGCCCAUGUCGGGCCCGACCCUCCCAAAACUCCCCUGUUUUGUUUUACAUUAAGCAGGAUCACUAUCAAUCCCUCCUCCACCACUCAAUAUUUAAGAUUGAUUGUUUUUUAGCUUUGAAAAUCCUCUCACCUGACCUAAGUCCUCCCUCCAAAAGAUAUUCACCUCCUCCCUUAGUAUGACAGGCUUGUUUUAAAAAAAAAAAAAAAAGAAAAAGAAACAGGGGGGAAAAAAGAAAAGCAAGAUGUCUUUUUUGCACUAGUGUGAAAGAAGAAUUUGUUUUUUUUUCUGGCUGAUUUUAGAAUCCCGCCGUCCCUCUUUAAGUCGUCUUUUACAACAUUACAAGCAUUAAGCGUAACAUUCACAAGAAAGCUUGAUGGGCCCUGUUAAGCCUUUUACCUCCAUCCUCCUCUAACUGCAGUGGGUUACACUUGUUACCCUCUUCUUGCAUCACUCUUUCCUGCCCUCAUCUCGCCCCCUGAGACUGAACCCCAUUCCUUCUCAUCAUGCGUCACUCGACUGUGAACGUGGGACAAAUGAAAAGGCGGCCUUUUUGUUUUCCUCUCCAGUUUUGUGAAAUGAAAAUGACAUCAAGUAGUUACCCAAAGUUUCUCUCUGUCCCUGGUUUGAGGAAGAGGAGUCUUUUUUUAAUUAUUUUAUUAUUUCUUGGGGGGGGGUGGUGACGCGAGGUAAAAACUUGAAAGAUUACGAUGUUGGUUUUAUUGUUGGUUGGCUCUGUUUUUUCAAGUUCUAUUUUAAAUUUUAGCUUUGUUUUUUUUGCAAGAAGUCUUCUGUGUAUUUUCUGUUCUUUGUCAUUGUGGAUGUUUUCUGUUUGUCGGUGGAUGUGAAAGGGGGCAGAGCUACAGCUGCUUGACCUGUGAAAGGUCUCCGCUCACCUCACUUCCUGGUAGUACGGAGGGAUCCCUCCUUCGCUAGCAAGUGAAAACUGUGCCUGAUCCGUAGCGAGGAGAUCUAUUUUAUUGGUGCUGUUGGUUAUAAUUACUGUAUAACAACACAAAAAUUUAAAAUCUGGGGGGUCAGCACAUGCUAUCUACUAACAGCUAGCUCAUGCUCCCCCAACCCCACAGGGCAGAGAGGCUUUCAGGCUUUUCUGGUUCUAGAUGUGCAAUCGUGUUAACAUUCCAUUCUUCCAGUCCUCUUGUUUCAUCUGUAACAGUAAACAUUAAUUAUUAUAUUAUAUUAUUAUUAUUUUGUGUUUUUUACUUUUGUUGGUCUGACGUGUUAUCUCAAGUAGAGCCACUAGUCAAAGAGUGUAAAAUGUGAAAUAUCAAAUCCAAGUUUUGUUUUUUUGUAUUUUUUAAAUUGUCCUUUUGUUUUUGGGCUUUUGCAUUUUUUUUGUUGUCCUUUUCCAGAUAUAUUAUGAGUGAUUUUAGAGAGAGGAAAAAGUCCAACACAAACAAAACAUCAACUUUUUUUGUACAUAAUCCUGUAAAUCUCUUUAAAUACCUGAGCCUUGUUCUGGGGUUCAGGAAUAAAGAAAGGAAGGAGGGAAUAGAGAAGAGAGAAAACGUCCCAGAGGAGAGUGGUUGAUGAAGAAAAAGCCUUACAUUUCCCUUUCUUCAUCCGUGUGAGUUUGACGCUUACAGGGUUGCUCUGGCUAAACGUGUAUAAAAAUUUUAAGUGCUGCUUAUAUCACUAAGAAAGAAGAUAUUGAGUAGCCAACGACUGCCCCCCCCCCCCCCACCUAGUUUUGUUUGUUUAGCUUUACUUUUUUAAAGAAAAGGGAAAAAGAUAUGUUCACAAAAAAAAUGGGUUUUUACAUUUUCAUUACUGAAAAUUCAACAGAAAUGUAGUAGCUACUCAUGUUGCACUGAGCUUGCCAGUGGUGACUGUCAAGGAAAAAAUCCUAUAAUCCAGUUUGUUGGUUGUCGUCCCUCGCAGAAGACUGAACUGUUUUAGGACUAUUUAAUAAAAUACCAAGUCGGGUGUUUUCAACAUAAAAAGUGGUUUGUCAAGUUUUUAUGGCCUUACAAUAUAUUUUAUUCUGACGGGAUUUUUUUUUUGUUUUGUUUUUCAGCUCUCUGUUUUUGUUUGUUUUCUUCCAUUUUCUACAGUAUAAACUACUUGCUCACAGUGGGGUCUCUGGUGACUUAAUUUAUUAGUGCCGCAUCUCGGCCUUUCCCUCCACUCGGAAAGAGAGUCUCAUGUUGGUUAUAUUGACAGUUUUUUACUUUUGCAGUUUGUACUUAAGGUUUAAUAAAAACUUACCGACAAUUCACUGUCAUUUCUUUCCAACCUGCUUGUGUCUCUUUGUGUGCAAAUGGUUUUAACAGCAUCGUAAUUUAGAUUUCAAGUUCUGAUCUGAUGGGAGCUAACAUUAAAAGGCCAUUGCACCGAAAUUACAAACUAUUUUCUCACAUACAGUAACUCCAGCAGUAUUUAGCCUCGAGACUGAAAUGAAAAUUGACAGAAAAUUAAUCGACCGCUAUUUGGACUAUUCAAAACAAGUCAUUUGACUCUAGGAACUUUGGUUUAGACUAAUGAACUAAUUAAUUAUGAAAAUCAUCAUUAGUUGUUUAGCCACGCAGAUAAUCCACAGACCAUUGUUCCAAUUUUAACGGUUAACAGUGAGGCCUGUGGAUUGUCUAGAGCAGUGGUUUUUAAAGUGGCUUUACGGGACCCCCGGGGGGCCUUGAGGGCGUUCCAAAAAGAUAACUGAGAAAUAAAGAAAGAUGAUUUUUUUUUUCUCAAUCAUUCCUCCCUCACGUAACAUACUGUCAGAAUGUAUUCUUGUCAUGGGUUUAAUACAUUUUCCAUCCAUUAACCUCUGCUUACCCGGGGCCGGGCAGGCUUAGGAGGGUAUUCCAGACGGGUCUAUCCCCAGCAAUGCUUUCCAGCUCCUCCUGGGGGGCCCAGAGGUGUUCCCAGGCCAGACGAGAUAUGUAAUCUCCCCAGCGUGUUCUGGGUCCUCUUACCUGUUGGACGUGCCCGGAAAACCUCUAAAGGAAGGUCGUCCAGAAGACAUCCUGAUCAGAUGCACCAACCACCUCAGCUGGCCCCUUUUGACGCGAAGGAGCAACGGCUUUACUCUGAGCUCCCUCCUGAUGUCUGAGCUCCUCGCCCUAUCUUUUAGGCUGAGCCAAGCCACCCAACAAAGGAAGCUUGUAUCCGCAAACUCAUUUCGGUCACUACCCAAAGCUCAUGACCACAGGUGAAGGUCGGUACAAAGAUGGACAGGUGAAUCAAAAGCUUUGCCUUCCAGGUCAGCUCCCUCUUCACCACAACGGUGCGGUACAACGCCCGCAGCACUGCUGACGCCGCACCCAACCACCUGUCCAUCCCUCGCUCCAUUUUACCUUCACUACUGAACAAGACCCCGAGAUACUUGAACUUCCUUGUUUGGGGCAGUGACUCAUUCCCAACCCAGAUGGUGCAAUCCACCGUUUUCCAGCAGAGAACCAUGGCCUCAGACUUGGAGGUACUGACUCAUCCCAACCGCUUCACACUCUGCUGCACACUGGCCCAGUGUGCUGAAGGUCACGUUCUAAAGGAACCAACUGAACCACAUCUGCAAAAAGCAAGGAUGCAAUUCUGAGGUCCCACAAACCGGACAAAAUGAAUUUGAAUU